CGGUUAUCCCCAGUUGAAUUGAGUUUUUGUGUCUAGAAGUGUUUGUAGAGUCGUCCGAUCUCCGUAGAAAAGGUACAAGAACCAAAGAUACGUUUGAUUUCUGGGCCAAACUUUCCGAAAUGUGGCAGAAGUACGGCCUUCUUUGUUGCUUUGUGAUCGCGUUCGCUGUUCUUUGCGUGGCUCCUCCAGUUCGGAAAGACAGAAAGAAGGCAGACAACGAAUCGGAAGGGAAAGGCGAUCCAGAGUAUGCUAGAUAUCUGAAACAAGUGAUUGAAAUUUUAGAAAAUGAUGAUGACUACGUCAAAAGAUUACUAAACGCUUCUGACGAAGAACUAAGAACUGGGCGAGUGGCCGAUGACAUAGACCUUGUAAAACAUGAUGUAAGGACCAAGCUAGAUGAACUAAAACGACAGGAAGUGGAAAGACAACGAAUGAUACGACGACAAAUGAACGAUCACUUGAAUGGGCUGAAGGAAAGGGAGUAUUGGAAUCCGCUGUUUGAUGACGAUAAUCCCAAUUUCUUUGGGCCUGAGGAUUUUAAAAAGCUACUGAGGAAGCACCAUGAAGAGAUGGAUAAGCAAGAUAACGAACGAAGACAAGAGUUUAAGAAGCAUGAGAUGGAGAAAGAACACAAAAGAAAGGAACAUCUGAAAGAGAUGGAUGAAAAGGCUCGCAAGGAAGAAGAGCUGAAAUUUGAGGCAUUGAGACAGAAACAUCUGAAUGCAUCAAAGAAUCUUCAUCAUCCAGGGAGUAAAGCUCAACUGGAACAAGUGUGGGAAGAAACUGAUGGCCUAGAUGCAAACGAUUUUGAACCAAGAACUUUUUUCAAGCUUCAUGAUACAAAUGGAGAUGACUACUUAGACACGGGGGAAUUAGAAGCUCUUUUUGUUAAGGAAGUAAGUGUACAUGUAAUCUACAAACCUGAUGCAUAUACACUGUAAAUUCUGAGAUGCUAUAGCAGUAAGAAGUAAUACAACAUAUUGCCUACUGGGUUCUUACAGGUUUGGUAGCUCUCUAAAGCAUAGAUGUUAGUAAAAUAAUGUACAUGCAGUGCUGACAGUUUUCCCUCCUGAAAUCUGUCUUUAAAGUUCGUGCUUGAGCCUUACUCAUGCAAGUUAGUUGAGUUAAUCCUGCUUACGGCAAUUCUUAACAUUUACACAAGUUUAGUUUUGGUAGAUGUCAAUUAUCUUCGCCCCUCUGCUGAAUGAAAUCUCAAGAAAAUUUCUAAAUGUGUUUGCAGGUGACAUUCACAGCAGAAUGUUAAACAAAACAUUGAGUUUUGUAGAUAUCAAUCUUCUGUCUUUCUGCUGAAUGACAUAAUAAUUUUAUGAAAUAGCAACAACCA